AUGUCUUCAGAUUCCGACGCGAGUGCCGACACCGGGUUCAAAUUAUAUCACUAUGACCCUUCCGUUGCCGGGGCGGUUAUUUUCGCUCUUUUCUUUGGCGCCGCCUCGUUCCGUCAUAUCCAGCUCAUCAUCAAGACGAGGACUUGGUCUUUCAUCCCCUUCUUCGUAGGAUGCCUAUUCGAAACCAUCGGAUACGCCGCGCGCGCGUACUCCGCCAAACAAACUCCCGACUGGAGCCUGGUUCCGUACAUCAUUCAGAGCAUGUUGAUCCUUCUCGGUCCGGCCUUUUUCGCCGCAUCCAUCUAUAUGGUCCUCGGUCGUCUUAUUCGAAACCUCGAUGGGCAAGAUUAUUCUUUAAUCCGGGUAAAUUGGCUCACGAAGUUCUUCCUCCUGGGAGAUAUUCUGUCAUUAUUUGGACAAUCUGGAGGUGGCGGUUUACUCGCAAUGGCCGACUCCGAAUCAUCCAUUAACACCGGUAACAAUGUCAUCCUGCUUGGCCUGGCUAUCCAACUCAUCUUUUUUGGCUUUUUCAUUAUUGUCACUGCUGUAUUCCACGUCAGAAUCUCGAGACGCCCGACUAUAAAAUCACAGACCACCAGCAGCCCAUGGAGGAAGUUCAUCUUGGUGCUCUAUUUCGCCAGCCUGCUUAUCAGCGUGCGUUCCGUAUUCCGCAUGAUAGAGUAUGCGCAGGGGAACAACGGCAGCUUGAUGCAGAAGGAGGUCUAUUCCUACGUCUUGGAUGCCCUGCUGAUGCUUGCCGUUACGGCAGUGUUCGCCGUGUUCCAUCCAAGCACUAUUCUUGUGGAACAUAAGAUUUUAGAUAGCGGUGUGGAUUUUGAGGGAGUCCCCGACAGUUACCCUAUGGCACCAGGACGUGGCGGCUACAUGAGGAGUUGA